GACAGCGCACAGCCAUGGCCGAGGCGACCGCGGCGCCGGUGAGGGCGGCCCGCGCGCGCACGGACGCGCGGCCUCGGGGCUCCGGGGACGGCCUGCGCGGCGCGGGCUUGGCGGCCCGGCCUGGGGUCUCGGUCCCACAGCUGGACAUGGAAAACCAGCGUUCCUCGCCUCUGCCAUUCUCUAGUGCUCCCCAAGAAGGCUUGCACCAGGUCACAGCUGGACUCUCCCAAGACACUCUGUUCUCAUCCCGCAUCCCUCCCCCCAAAGAAAUUCCGGCUUUGUCUCCCACUGGUACCCGGCAGGGCCCCCUGUCUCAGACCAGUGCAGCCAAGCAAGAGACCUCUGGCCAGAUGCCGCAUGUUCCCCCAAAGGGCCCAUCACUCCUCUGUCCUGCUGCUUCUGAGCAAGAGACCCAUCUCCAGGGCCCCCAGGCCACACAGGAAGAACCCCGGUACCCUGCUGACCAGGACCUCUCUCUCCUCUCCCACUCCGCCCACCAACAGGAAGCCCCGCUGCACUCCCCAGAAGUUCCUGAGAAGGACCCUCUGAGCCUCUCCCCCUCAGUUCCUGAGGCUGACAUGGACCCUCUGCUUCAGAGCCCCACGUCCCAAAAGGACACUCCCUUCCCGAAGGAGCAGCUGCUCCCCACAGCAGAGAUCACCCGCUUGGCCGUGUGGGCUGCCGUCCAAGCGGUGGAGAGGAAACUGGAGGCCCAGGCCAUGAGGCUACUGACACUGGAGGGCAGGACAGGGACAAAUGAAAAAAAGAUCGCCGACUGCGAGAAGACAGCUGUGGAGUUUGCAAACCACCUGGAGAGCAAGUGGGUUGUGCUGGGGACGCUGCUGCAGGAAUAUGGGCUGCUGCAGCGGCGGCUGGAGAACAUGGAAAACCUGCUGAAAAACAGAAACUUCUGGAUCCUGCGACUGCCCCCAGGCAGCAAUGGAGAAGUCCCUAAGGUCCCUGUCACAUUUGACGACGUCGCCGUCCAUUUCUCAGAGCAGGAGUGGGGGAACCUAUCGGAGUGGCAGAAGGAACUCUACAAGAAUGUGAUGAGGGGCAACUACGAGUCUCUGGUUUCCAUGGACUAUGCAAUUUCCAAACCAGACCUCAUGUCCCAGAUGGAGCGUGGAGAGAGGCCACCCAUGCAGGAACAGGAGGACUCUGAAGAGGGCGAGACACCCACUGACCCCAGUGCGGCACACGACGGCAUCGUGAUUAAGAUCGAAGUGCAGACCAAUGAUGAGGGCUCGGAGAGCCUGGAGACGCCGGAGCCCCUGAUGGGACAAGUAGAGGAGCACGGCUUCCAGGACUCGGAGCUGGGUGACCCCUGUGGGGAGCAGCCUGACCUGGACAUGCAGGAGCAGGAAAACGCGCUGGAGGAAUCCACUGAGGGCUCAGGCGAGUUCAGUGAGCUCAAGCAGAUGCUGGUGCAGCAAAGGAGCUGUGCGGCCCCCUUCUGCAGGCAGGCGAGGUCACCAGGGAGCGGCUCCGCUGGAACUUCCUGUGCCCACACGGCCUUGACUGUCUCAGGUCACCCUGGAGCUCAGCCAGCUCACAGAUUUCUACCUCAGAAAGGCAUCGUGAUAAAGACUGAGGAGCAGGAGGAAGAGGAGGAGGAGGACGAUGAGGACGACGAGCUGCCCCAGCACCUGCAGUCCCUUGGGCAGCUGUCCGGGAGAUACGAGGCCAGCAUGUACCCUACCCCACUGCCUGGGGAGAUGUCCCCGGAGGGUGAGGAGAGCCCCCCACCGCUACAGCUAGGAAACCCAGCAGUGAAGAGGCUGGCGCCCCCCUCGCACUCACACUCGCACUCCCAUGGGCACGGGCACGGGCAUGGGCACGGGCACGGGCACACGCACGGUGAGCGGCACCUGGGUGAGAACCGCGGGUCCUCAAACCAGCAGCAGCGAAACCGGCGAGGUGAGCGGCCCUUCACGUGCAUGGAGUGUGGCAAGAGCUUCCGGUUGAAGAUCAACCUCAUCAUCCACCAGCGCAACCACAUCAAGGAGGGGCCAUAUGAGUGCGCCGAGUGCGAGAUCAGCUUCCGGCACAAGCAGCAGCUCACGCUGCACCAGCGUAUCCACCGAGUUCGUGGCGGCAGCUACUCGCCCGAGCGCAGCCCCGCUUUCACCCCCAAGCAUUCACUCAAGCCGCACCCCAAGUCACCUAGCUCGGGCAGCGGUGGUGGCGGCCCCAAGCCCUACAAGUGCCCAGAGUGCGACAGUAGCUUCAGCCACAAGUCCAGCCUGACCAAGCACCAGAUCACACACACAGGCGAGCGGCCCUACACGUGCCCGGAGUGCAAGAAGAGCUUCCGCUUGCACAUCAGCCUGGUGAUCCACCAACGUGUGCACGCAGGCAAGCACGAGGUCUCGUUCAUCUGCAGCCUGUGCGGCAAGAGCUUCAGCCGCCCGUCGCACCUGCUGCGCCACCAGCGGACUCACACAGGCGAGCGGCCCUUCAAGUGCCCCGAGUGCGAGAAGAGCUUUAGCGAGAAGUCCAAGCUCACCAACCACUGCCGAGUGCACUCGCGCGAGCGGCCACACGCCUGCCCCGAGUGCGGCAAGAGCUUCAUCCGCAAGCACCACUUGCUGGAGCACCGGCGCAUCCACACGGGCGAGCGGCCCUACCACUGCGCAGAGUGCGGCAAGCGCUUCACGCAGAAACACCACCUGCUGGAGCACCAGCGCGCGCACACGGGCGAGCGGCCCUACCCCUGUACGCACUGCGCCAAGUGCUUCCGCUACAAGCAGUCCCUCAAGUACCACCUGCGGACCCACACGGGCGAGUGAGCGCGCGCUGGCCAGGUACGCGGCCUCGCCCCUGGGACACCUGCCCGGGCUGCCGCACCUGCACGCACGCGCUACCCGAGCCCCUCUGCUGUGAGCCCCUUUCCCCUCCUGACCCUCCGCCCCGCCCCAGAAUGCGGGUCGUGAGCCCAGGGCACUGCUGCCUGUCUCCCCGGGACCUCAGUGGGGAGUGUGGGGCCUGGGGACCCCUCUGGGCUGUUCAUUUCCUUGACAAUAAAAUGAAUGAAACCAA